AAACAUGUUUUUGGCCUGUUUUCGGAGUAAUCCUUGGUUGUCAAAACAUUUUAUUUACAUUGAUCUCUUAACCUCAACUGAAUAAAUCCUCUUUUAUGUGCGCAAAAUCGUUUUAACAUAAUAUACACCAUUGCGCAGCCAAAGUCAAAAUACCGGAUAAUUUCAAAUUGCUUUCAUAAGUUUCAUUCGGAUUUCGUUCACUAUGCAGGCCAGUCGUUCGGUCGAAGAACCUCUACGCGGUAAUUCCACAGCAUCUGGCAUUCCUGAAACCGAAGAAACCCAAGAUACAUCCCACGAAACACCUCUAAGCGAUCCUCCCGAUCCCGACAGAACUCCCUGGAUUACCACUGCAACAUGGCCACGACAUCAGCACUGGUUCCGCAAGGGUGAUCUCGUGGAAUUCCAUCGUCAAGGGCAGUGGUUCAAUCACUGGGGCCUGUAUAUGGACAACGGUCUGGUGGCCCAUGUGACACGCCACGAUAUCCUCCAGGCUUCCAUGUUCGCUCUGGGCGCAUCCCGUACCGCAUCCACCGUGUUGGCCAGUGAAUCAGCCACGGCCAGUCAGUUGCUGUCCUCUGCGACCAUGUUCGUCGCUUUCGGGGAGCGUAUGCUGCUGCCGUCGCCUCCACCGACCCAGGAACAACGGGGACACUAUUUUGUCAGGUUGGAUAAUAUUCUCCUGGUGGCCGAAGGCGACAAGUUUCGGGUGAAUAACUUUGUCAACGGGACUCGUUUCGUGCAGCGCAGUUGGCCAGAGAUCUUCGAUUUGGUUUCCAGUUUGGUCAAUAAUCCGUAUGCUUAUUCCGUCUUUACCAGCAACUGCGAACAUUUUGCCACAUUUCUGCGGUAUCGCUGGAAUUCCAAUGGUUCACCCGCGGCGAAUCCACAAAAUUCCCAUGGGAUUAGUGGAAGAUGAGCGGUCUUAUCGGUGAAUUGUGGAUACUGAACAGCGGACUGUCUUCUCAGGGUUACCCCGUGAUGCGAAAGGGUGAUAUCAAUAUGAAUACUCGAUUUGCUCGUUUCUUGACCAACACUCUCUUUCGGGAUUUGGUUUUGGGCUUUCUGUUUCUUACGGCGUUAAUAGAUCUGUUUUUAUGUGUUGGCGUUGUUCUUGCGGACCUUUUGCAUGAAAACUCGGAUUUUAUAAUUUUAAAUUGUAUAUGUUUUUGUGUCUGCGUAAUAAUAAGCAGAAUUAUGAAUUGUUUUGACGCUUCCGACAGACCAUUUUUGGUUACAUGGCUGUGUGCGCUAACGAAGCGUAGGAUAAGGUUUCGAGCAAUUAAUAAAGCUGUCAAAGA